AUGAGCUCCGACGAACACGUCUCAUCAUGGCAUCCCGCUCUGAUGCCUAACAGCAGUGCCUCUGCCACUGCCGACGGCCAUCCCUCCGCUCCUGCACACACCCAACCACCACCGGCCCAAGAUUCUCUGGAGGCAUCCAAGCCUUACGCGCAAGACAGAACCACAUCAUCCACAGACUCGCCCGCGCAUCCCGAGGCAACCGCCGAUCUUGAUGCGUCGCUGAUCAACGAACCAACCGAACCCACGCCCACUUCCGAAGCUACCAUGCCUUCGAUCCCCGACACGAUACCCCAGGACGAGAGCGCCAACAGGCCCUGGUUCGCAGAGGAACCCGUUGCGAAAGAUGAUGCUGAAGAGGACUGGCCCGUGUUUGACCAUCCGACCUCUGCUCCUGCAGAGCCCGAUGCGCUACCGGCCGACGCCGAGACUGCGGCGCCUACGGAAGCAUCACCCCCAGCACCCGAGGUGCAAGCCGCCGGCCCUGUUCUCGGUCACUCGAGCACUGUUUCCUUCGCCCGAACUGUGUCGCAUGACAUCAACUUCCACGAUGACGAGGAAGCCGACUGGAACCUCUCCCGAACCGACACGGACCCCUUCAAGUUCAUGCCGCCCUCUGACAGGACAAACUCGUUCCCGGUCGUUCCCCCAGCGAGCCCGCCCGGCGCGUCGACGGAGACCCGACCGCUUCCCGCCACCGAGGCCCAACAUGUAAUCCAGGCGACGGAGCAGCAUCAGGACGGCUUUGACGCUCCUCUGUCCGAACGAGCAAUCUCUCCAGCCCAACCUCACUUCGCCGACGACCCGUCUGAACCGCCUCAUAUCAAUGGGUUCUCGGAGCAAGCGCAGUAUGUAGGACGCGACAUGACGGGCGCCGAUGAGGACAAUGUCGGUUCGCGAUUCGAGGAAGGUCUGCCUCUCAUCCCUCGCGCGCCCGAGCACACGGAUACUGCCGCCUCAGCCUCCUUCUUCGACAACGAAGCCUCGGCCGACGACGACUUUUUCAGCAAUGUCCAGGAUGCAGGUCACGAUGAUACGCCGCCCACGCUGGAGCGCAAGUCAACGAUGCAGGUACUCGGUGCCUUUGGCACGAACCCACUGUCGCGAGCCGAUACGCUGGAGGAGAUGGCCGAGGAGGAUGAGCAUCAAGCGACGCCGUCGCAGGCCUUGGCUACAGAGGACGACGCCAGCAAGCCCGCUACCGAGGAUCUGGCUGCCAAAUGGCAAGAGGCAUUUGCCGGGGACGAUGAUGACGAAUUCCUGCUCGACGAUAACACUGGCGACUCGAAGCCAGUUGAUCCCGCCGCAUUCUUUGGCAGUGACGACGAAGGCUUCUUGGACGACGAUGACGACGAGACCACGGCACCCGCGCCGGCUGUGCAGCCACCCAGUCUGCCAGCCGCCCAACAGCAAAGCCUGCAAGGACGAUAUACGCCGCAGAGCCCAUCUUUCCCGUUCCCCAAGGCUGCCGCUACCCAGUCGCCUUAUGUUCCUGUGGCGGCGGCGCCGCCCCAGACGCCAACAUCAGCAUAUGCGCCUUCGCCUGUGGUCACUUCAUUCCCAGCCCCAACGUCGUACGCCGCUCAGUCCCAGCCCUCGCCCAGCCAAGCUGCAUAUGGCAUGCCGCCGCCCCCGCGUCCCGAGGCUUCCAAAGCCCAGAGCUUCGCCGACAAGAACAAGGGCGGCUACACCUCGCCCUACGACUUGCCCAUGGAUGUCAAGCCGCGCAAGCGAGCCAGUAUGCAACAGCUGCCGAGAGCUCAGGUGCAAGGCCCCUCCGCGCAGCUACCGCCCAGAAGCUCCAGCAUGUACGCUCCAAGCCCGACCAGCUCCGCACCACCGUCUGCCGGCUUGCCUCCUCCCAGCCCUGCCUCGGCUCUUCCCAGCCCAGGCACGGCGGGACCAGCUGCUGGGCCGAAGCCUCGAGCUGUCACUCCGAGCAAGGAGAACUUUUUCGAGGACCUUCCCAUGACCUCCAGACCCCGUCCGGCCUCGCGCCAGAGCAGCCGCCUGCCGUCUCCAGCUCUUGGCGGUCCUGCUUCCCUGCCGCAGGGACCGCCUCCUGGACCGGCUCCGGGGCCGCCUCCAGCGCAGUACGCGCCUCUGCCACCGAGUCAGUCCAUGGAGCUACCGAAGCAGGAGGCCCCUCCGGCUCCGCCUAGAGCUGAGUCCAGCGGGCUCACCGGACUGGUCGCGCCGCCGCGCGUGAGUCCGUAUGCAGCCUUGCAGUCCACCAGCCCGGGCACGUCGAGCAUACCCAACAACAGUCGCUAUUCUCCAGCGCCGCCUUUGGCGCCGGCUGUGAAUGGCACAGCUCGGCCCGGUUCGGCCAACAGGUACUCGCCGGCCCCGCCAGCCUCCCGACCACCUUCGGCGACGUAUAGCGCGGCGCCGCCCCCAGCCGCCGUGCUCCCUCACCUGCCUCGCACUUCCAGCCCGCUCGCGCACUUCGAGGUUUCUCACGACCGAGCCCAGUCUGCACCUGUCACAAAUGGUGAGCACGGCCAGCACGGCCAGCUCGGCCAGCUCGGCCAGCAGGAUCGACGCAUCAGCGCUCAAUUUGAGCCGAGGGUCAACCGCGUGUCGUCGCUGCCGCCGACGCAGGAGGUUGAGGAAGACGAAGGUGCUAGGGUCGAACAGUCGCCUCAGCCUAUUGAUGCGUAUACCUCUCUUGGCGCGACUCCUGCAUCACCACCUCUUGCACGCCACACCCCACCGCCGUCCGCCCAUGGGUAUGGCCCAUCCAUGUUGUCGCCGCCCAAGAGAGCUGCGGCCAACUACACGCCUCAGCCGCAAUCGAACCCCCUCUCACCCGAGCAGAGGUUCGCGCCCCCGAUGAGGUCGCAGACACAAUCGCCUGGCUCACUCCAAAACCGCUACCAACCCAGUGAAGCUGCUGCACGUCCGGCGUCCUCGCAUGGCGCCGCUCCUCCGCAAGCAGCGCAGCCCGCCAGUGCUCAGCACUCCUAUGCCGCAGCACCUCGCACGGGUCGCCACCGAGCUCCUUCUCAGAGCUUGAACAUGGUCGCCCCUACCGAUGGACGUGAGAAUGACCCCCUCAAGAGGUGGAAGGGAGCACCUGUCUUCUCGUGGGGUAUUGGUGGCACCAUCAUCACAUCUUUCCCCAAGGAGAUCCCACGCUACGGUAUGGGCCAAACGGCACCCAUGAUUGUGCGUACGCCCGGCGAAGUUCGCGUCAAGCAGGUCAAGGACAUUGAGCCUCUCGAAGAUCGGCUGGCCAAAUUCCCCGGGCCUCUCAAGGGCAAAUCGAAGAAGAAGGAGACCAUUUCCUGGCUGACGGCCGGAAUCGAGUCACUGGAGGCAAACUUGCCAGGUCAGACGUACAGCUCUCAAAUCACCCACGAAGACAAGCGAAUGACUGAGCGCGUCCUGCUGUGGAAGAUUCUCAGGACGUUCAUCGAAUUCGAUGGCGCUCUCGAAGGCGGUGCAGAGGUCGAGGCCGCCGUGCGCAACAUUCUCUCGCCAGAAGCAAAAAAGGAUGAGGCAGCAGAGGCAGCUCCUCUUUACGCGGAUGGCGCAGCUGGUGUUGCGUUCCCAGCCACUUCCACGCAGAUGCAGGCAGACGGUGUUGACCCCCAAACAGUCGUCUCCAUCCGCAAGCACCUCCUCGCUGGUGAUCGGGAACAAGCGGUCUGGGCAGCCGUCGACAAGAGGCUCUGGGGUCAUGCCAUGCUCAUCUCGAACACGGUGUCGCCGGAUCUGUACAAGCAGGUCGCCCAAGAGUUUGUGCGCAAAGAGGUCAACCACCCGGGGCAUAACAAUGAGUCGAUUGCUGCACUUUACAAGGUCCUGUCAGGCAAUUUCGAUGAGUGUGUCGAUGAGCUGGUUCCCAGUCAUGCUCGUGCUGGCCGCCAGCUGAUGACCACGGCCGCGACGGCCGAGCCAGCCAAGGACGCCCUUGAUGGCCUCGACAAAUGGCGCGAGACCCUGGGGUUGGUGCUCAGCAACCGAAGCCCGGACGACACCAGGGCGCUGAGCGCACUGGGUGAUCUCUUGUCGACAUAUGGCAGAGCCGAAGCCGCACACAUUUGCUUCCUCUUUGCCCGCAAGACGAUAGUAUUUGGGGGUCUCGACGACCAGACAGCCAGCUUUGUCCUCCUGGGUGCUGACCACAAGACUCAAGCCGAACAGUUCGGCAAGGAGACAGAGGCACUGUUGCUCAGCGAAGUCUUCGAGUAUGGCCUUUCGCUUGCGAACGGGGCCAACUCGGCCGGCGUGCCGCACCUCGCAGCCUAUAAGCUCCAGCAUGCCGCAACUCUGGCAGAGCAUGGCUUCAGGGACAAGGCGCUGCAAUACUGCGAUGUCAUUGCCAACUCGAUCACUGCACAGACAAAGAGGUCUCCGUACCAUCAUCCCCUGCUCGAGGCUGCGGUAGAUGACCUGUCCAAGAGGCUCAAGCAGGCGCCCAAGGGCGAGUCUUCGUCCUGGAUCUCCAAACCCAGCAUGAACAAGGUCUCGGACAGCAUGUGGAAUCGCUUUAACAAAUUUGUUGCCGGCGACGAGGCCGACGGCUCUGGCACCGCCACGCCCGGCGAGCCUGGCGCGGAGACUGGGCCCUUCGGCCGCAUUGCCGGAGGCACCCCUACCAUCAGCCCGUCUCCUUCCGUUUCGAACUUUGACGUGUACGGGAACAACAAUCCCGGCUACCCAGUCACUGCUCCUGUAGCACUGGCACAGGGGACAAGAGCAGCAUCGCGCUAUGCACCCAUGGGAGCGCAGCCGUCUCCACCGACGACUUCGUAUGAGCCGACGUCGGGUUAUACGCCUGCGGCGCAGUCGACUCAGCCGUCGAACGACUAUGGCCGUGCGUCCUUUGAUGCGCCGACCCGCACCUCUAUCGACUCGCAGUCUGGUGUUGCCGCGGGCAGCUAUACACCGCAAGCCUACAACCCUGCACCCUACGGUGCGCCCCAGGACGUCCAUACACCCCAGCCUGACCCCGCUCCGUCUGCCUAUGGUCCGUACGGCGGCUUGCGAGAAGCUCCCGUCAUCACGCACCAGGGAUCGCCAGCGCCACCUGCCGAUGAGCCCACCCAAUUCACUCCUCAGCAGGAUCAGGGGUACCAGCCGCCCUCGUACGGCUAUGAACCUCCGUCAUUUGGCACGAACGCAGGCCCGGAAUCCCAACAGGCCGAGCCCGAGGAUGCUGCAGCUAGCGGAGGAUACGAAGCACCUUCGUACCAGCCCUACAGCUACGAGCCACCGACCUAUGACCCGGGCGUUGAGCCAUCCAACGACGACAAUGACGAUGAUGACAAGCCGAAGCCAAAGAAGAAGAGCUUCAUGGAUGACGACGAGGAUGAUAUUCCCGCGCUGCGGCCGCAGGGGAAAUCCAAGUCGGAGAAGGAUAAGGAGAAUGACGAGAUGUUCAGGAAGGCCGCCGAAGAAGAUGCCAAGAGAGCAGCCGAACAGAGCGCAGGCAAGAAGGGAUGGGGCUUCGGCAGUUGGUGGGGUGGCAAGAAGGACGCCAUGCCGGAUUCCAACCAAGGCAACAAGCCGAUCCGUGCCAAGUUGGGCGAGUCGAGCAGCUUCGUCUACGACCCCGAUCAGAAGCGAUGGGUCAACAAGAAGGCCGGGGCCGAGCAGACACCGGCCAAGACGGCUACACCUCCACCGCCCAAGUCGACCGGCACGCCCCCGCCUCCCUCGUCAUCGGCGCCGCCCAUGGGACCCCCUGGCGGACCCCCUCGGCCGCCUAUGCCCAUCGGCGCAGGCAGCCUGUCAAAGGCUCCUUCGCGCGAGAGCCUCGACAUUCCGGCCGGCCCGCCAGCCAUGGCGCGGUCGGUGUCGAACUCUAGCACAGGGCCACCGAGCGGACCGCCGAGCCGGCCGACGACGAGCAUGAGCAAUGCCAGCAGCAUUGAUGAUCUGAUAGGCGCUGCAGGACCGCGUAGGCCUGGCGCGAAGAAGGCGAGGAAGAGCGGACGCUAUGUGGACAUUAUGGCGAAAUGA